AAUAAAUAAAACAAAACAAUACUGCAGCCACCAACUUGGGAAAUAGAUUGGCUGUAAACUUUUAAUCCUCUUAAUGUCAUAUCAAUUACUUAAAAUGGUUUUACAUUCCUAAACGGACAAUAGAGAGUUAAAUUACCGUUAAGUUAUUUCCGCCCUGCUACGCCUGGUAGUGUGUAGACAUGAAUGUCUGGCUUGAAAUAAACCGUUAGCUAAGCCACUAGAUGUGUUUCUGUUGUUGUUUAUACAUAAUAAUGUGAUAAAUUAAUAAGUUAACAACUAAUUUCUCAACAAUGCUGCAAUAUACUUCAUUUAGACUUGUUAUUCUAGUGUUGUGUGGAAGUCUCUUGUUCAACUAUCUUUCAACAGAAGACUGCAAAUAUCAGCUCUUAAUGUCGAGUUCUUGUUACAUCACAGGCAGGUCGCCAUCAGAUGACAUCUUACCUUGUAGCAUUAAAACAUGUAGUACUGCCUCGCACAAUUGUGUCUACACUGGAAGUGGACAAGACUUUAAUUAUUUGGUUUUUAAUUGUAGUUCAAGUGUUAGGUCAAAUGUGAAUUGUACAUUUCGUAGAACAUCGUGGUCACUAUAUAAUAACUUUACAGCCUUGUUUAAUGUUUGUUUAAUUAAUGAAGCGACUUGUGAUAUACUUACACUAAAAGUGUCUAAUUGUGUUUUAAAUAGUUAUAGUACUACGUACACUCAGGUAUCUACAACUACAUCAAAGGUAUUCACAUCAUUAGGAAGUAUUACACCAUCAACUAUAAUCAAACCAGGAACAGAUAACACAACAUCAUCUCUUUCCUCACUGUUAAUGGUCAAUACAACAUCAGGAUUAGAAUUAAUUCAAAUGACAGGCAAUAAAAGUCUUUUCAUCGGACUAACUGCAGGUUUUGGCUCUGCUAGCAUUGUAUUUAUUAAUGUCCUUAUUGUGGCCUGCUUGUGUUAUAAAAUAAGAAAAUCUAGAACUACAAACUCAAACAUUAGAUCUUUUCAGACACCUAUACUUGUUAUAUCAGAAUCCCAGAAUUCAGACUCAUAUAGUCUAGAAUGUACUGCUGAUCUUACGUAUCAUCAGCCUUAUGAACAAAAUCAAAAGAAUUGUUUUGCUGUAUAUAACAAUGGCAAUAGUUCCUCCAGCCAUUACUCUAAAGUAAUUGAUCUACCAAAAAGUGAGAUACUUACUAACGGAGUUACGUAUUUGAAUACUUUAUCAGCACAACAGGCCGCAUCCGUUGAUGCCAUACAUAACAGCUAUAGUACAGCUAGUCACGAGUCCGUUGAAGAUGAGAAUAAAAUACGCAGUAAUGUUAACGGAUUGAUUUCAGAAAAUAAAGAACUCUAUGGAAAUAAAAGUGAAGCUCAGACUCCGGAAGUAAAUCAGUACUCAACACUUUUUGAUGUGUCUAGAGAACGUACUUCAGAAUAUAAUGAUCUUUCUAACGUCAGGCAGAUAAUACAGGAUGGUCAAGAUACUCGAGACCUGGUAUGAUUACAGGUCGUGUCCAUUGUGUGUGUUCAUAAUACCUAAACAAUCAGUCAUGUGAGGCGCGUCCAUGCUCAGUUAAUGUUUACUGUAAUCUUGUUGAAUAAAUCCAAAAUAUUGGUAGUUCUAGUGAUGUUAUGUAUUACAAUAUUUAAAGACAAAUAAAUUAUAAUAUAUUUUAAUGCUAUUUAAAAAUAGUUUUAAAAAAAAGCAUAUUAUUAAUAACAACAUACUAAGCAUUUCCUAAUUCCCAGGAGAUUUUCAAAGUAUGCAUCAUGAGAUUCAAGACACAAAUUAGCACGUCUCAACAUGUUUUAUAAAAUUUUGAAGGAGUCAUGUGGUCUGACUCCAGACCUCCUUUAUCUUGGCCACUCUAUAAAUGUACUAUCUAUAGAAGCAAAGAAAACACUGAUCUAUCACGAGAUCUCUUAAACCCUCGUACGUAUCCACAUCAAAUUUUGCACACAGGUUCCCUUUACCUCCUGUGUGCUCACUAAAAACGUUUUUAGACGUUUUUAAAAAUAGCACGAAUUCCGUAUUUUUAAAGCAAUAUUUUUCUUUUUCCCUAUAACUUUAUUUAUUUUUAAUAUGCCAUACGCCAUUUCCACUUCCUAUUAUA